GAAAACAUCGUUAAAACAAGCAGCAACAGAAACAAUACAGCAGCAACACUGAAUACUUUCUCUAAAAUUCUAGCUUUUCCUACCUUGUUAAUUCCUCUUCCACCAACUUGGUCCAAAGUUCAAAAAUGUUUUGGUUCUGAAAGAAACGGAGUUUGGAACCGAAUAAUUGAUAAGUAAACAGCAAAAUCUGAGAACUUGAAGAAGCAGGAAUAAUGAAGGUUUUCGAGGUCAAUGGAAGCACUCUUGCUCUUUCCCUCUUCACCGAUGUCUCCAACUCCAAGGAUCUUCUUGAUUCCAUGCAAACUGGAACGCUGGAACCAGAAGUUGCUUUUCUCAAUGCUUCACUUAUCCCAGAUGUUUUCCCUGUGCUAGCAGCUGCGCACAAGUCCCUUAUAGCCAAGGCACGGGAUUCUCUGACAACACGUACUCUUCAUUCUGAGCUUGUUUACAAUUACUCCGGAUCUAAGCAUAUCACAGAAUCCUUAAAAAGAUGUGGCAUCUCGGAAUGUUCAACUUAUGUGCUUGCUGCUCGAUUCAAUGCUUCUCCUGAAGAGAUGAAGGCUGUAGAGAAACUUAUCAAUGGGAAAGAGAUUGACUUGGAGGAGUUGAGAGGAAGAGCAGACAAUGCCCAAAUACAAAAGCACUAUAAGAUAUCUGGGCUGGAACUGGGAAUAUCGUCACUUGCCGAUGCUAUUACAUGUCGGAUUGCUGCCCGUGAUGCCAUGUGAGAUGAUAGAGUUGCUAUCUGUUUAUUUCCACAUUUACUGUUAGAUUAGGUGUAGGUGUUUUGAAGAUUAACUGUAGAAUCUAAAAUGUGAGUUAUAUAUAGAUUUCAAUGGGAAGGAAAAAUAUUCCCUUUGGUCUGGCUCAUUCUAUUAGCUCCUGUGUUCGUGAAAAUUUUAUUUGGAAAGAAGGGAUCGUAUAUGUAUGCCAUUUUUUCCUAUUUUUUUUUAUUAUUUUGUUUUUUGGAGCA